CAGAGUUGUUCCGGUUUUUACGUGUGUUGUUGUUUUUGAUCUCACUCGCUGUUCAGAGUGAGAGAUAUUAAAGUGGAUACUAAGCGGACUCGACGCAACUUCGUCUCUAGUCUCCUCAUUUCUUGUACUCCACACCAUAACAUAUUUAAGGAACUUUCUGUCAAAAUGUAAUCUUGAUGUCUUUCAUGUUGACUGAGAAAGGCCAUGUCAUAGAUUGAAUUUAUUCUGAAAUUAACGGCUGAAAAAUAUAUGUAUAGUACAAUACAGUAGUAUAUGUAAACAGAACGUUCAUUUAAAUGUGAAUUUUAGAUUAGAGAUUGGAGCGGGUUCUGACAGCAGUUUAGUUGUGAAGGUGAAAGUAGUUCUGUAGUUUCAUGUCCCCUCAGCCAUCGUGCCUUCCUAACAAAACCACAUUGUGAUGACGCUGAUCUCAUCUGUUAAAACACUGGUGCUGAUGUGUGGGUUACAGAUAACUUCCUGAAGUUCAGAACAUCUAAAAAACAUCAGAUUGCUUCAGAGUGACUGGUGACUGGCACGAGAUGAAAACUGUGAUGGAGGGAGACGUUCUUAAUCUACCAACAGGAAAAACUGAACCCAGGAGUCUUGAAGACGUGAUGUGGCUGUUUGAAAGAGGUGACCGAACUUUCCGUAUUGCACAGAUGUAUCAAGGAUUUUCACCCUUUUAUGAUAAGAGUCUAACAGACCGAGUGGAGAUGGAUCCACAUACAGGAUCUUUGAGCAUCUAUAACAUCAGCACCACUGAAUCUGGACUCUACACAGCAUCACUCACCAUUAAUGGAUUUGUCACAAGGAAGAAGAUCAAAGUUGAUGUUUAUGCAUCAGUUUCUCUUCCGGCUGUUAGCAACUCAUUUACAGACACCCAGACUCAAGGUACAUCACAGGAGAAGUAUGAAUUCUGCUCUGUUGUCUGCUCUGUGAAAAAUGAUCGAGACGUCUUCAUCUCAUGGUAUAAAGGAGAUGAAAUAGUGAAUCACAGCAGUAGUUCUGAUCUCAGCAUUAAUCUCAGUUUACCUUUAAAACUUCAUUAUAAUGAUACAGAAUCAUACAGCUGCACCGCUGCAAACCCAGUGAGCCAUAAAAGCAUCCGUCUACACAUGAAACACCUCUGUCCACAUUAUGAAGGUAAAAUAACACAGACGUACAUCAGGAAGUCUCUUCCUACCACAACCACAUUUGUGCCACUUCACACAGACAAACUGUUUCCUGGUAAAGAGAAUGUGUAUAAGAAUGACUCCAGCAGAAUCUUUUCAUCUACAGACUGUCUGAAGCAUUGUGGAGAUGUUGAAGUUCUGAUCCGCUUGAUUCUGUCUGCUCUGGUGGGACUUGCUACUGUUGUGUUUCUGCUUGAACACAUGUACUUCUGGUCUGUUCAGGGAAGACUUUAAGAGUUUAGUCAAAUGAGACGGUCAAGACAGAGACAGAAACUUCUUCAAGACCACAAUCUUUAUUUGUAAUGAUAAAAAGCGGAUCAAAUUAAGUCAUUUUAUUUACUUUAGGUGUAGCAAUUUCAACAAAGUCACAUGAAGCCGAAGUGCAACUUCAGAUUUUCAGUCUUUUUAUUGCAUUGUAACAAUUACAUUCUGGGCUGAAUGCCCAUACUCAGCUUGUUGACUUGUCAGUGUUAACUGCAUUGAAUAAACAUCACAUUAUCAACCGCAAAUAAUGUUGGAAAAAUGUAGAAGUUUCAAAAAAUCAUCAUCAUUCUGAUCAGUAUUUGCUUUAGUUGGGUUCUUGAUUCUUGCGUUUUAACAUAAGGUUUUAUUGUCUCUUAUGAUAGUGUGCUAAAAUACAAUUGUUCAGGCUAUGAAGAUCCAUUGUGAUAAGCUAAUAAUGAUUGUAGUCUUUGUGCAGUUGCCUAAAUAUAUUUGCUGAUGAGUGCAUCGUGUUAUUAAAUUAUAAGUUUUGUCUGAUGCUACAGUGUGAGA